CUUACACGAGAGAGAGGCUUCGAGUCAGAGAAGACCUAAGAUCUGGCAGUCACUUUGGGAAAUUGCAUAUGUAGCUGCCAAAAAAACAAUCUAUUCCGUGGAAUACAAUUUCUCUUGUGGUGAAUAAGAUUUACCGCUUAAUAUUAUAGAGUGUGUUCGUGGCCAGUACACGGUUUUGUUUGCCACUAGUUUUUGCCUUGAACAGAGAAGUGUUUCAGAACUAUAUUACUUUUAGCAGAGCAUGUAUCGGUUGCAAAAUUAAAGCGAUUCCAUCUGUACCAUAUUUCUCUGUUUUUUCAGGUAAUUAAAAACAGCACAUCACUUUGUAAUUAUAAGGAGGGGACAUAGCAAGUUGCUUUGGGAAAUUGACUAAGAAAAUACACACAAGUGUUUUUGUUUUUUUUAACCUUUGCCUCAUAAAACAGGAUGAAUUGAAAGAAAAAAAAAACCCUGACAAGUAUUUCCAUAUUUCUGAAAACAGGUUUAAAUGGUGUUGAAUGGAUUUGAUUAUUUCUUUCUCUGGCUAUCAUAUGCUACUUCGACGAUCUGGUUCGCUGUUGUAAAGAUAAAAGGAGAAUCGUACAUAAAAACGUGACCACUUUAUUUGCAGAAAAAGAUGUCAGGUGUUCUACAGAAGGUUUGGACCACGGCGUUUAUCCUUGGAUUCAUGUGGGAUCUGGCUAAUGGGAGCUUUGUGAAAAAUCACCUUCGCUCGAGUUUUAUUCAAAGAAAACUGAGUGGCAGGGAAAAACGUGAGAUGCAGAGGGAGAUUCUCUCCAUUCUAGGACUGCCUGGAAGACCCCGACCCACGGGUGGGGGCCAGUUUCCUUCAUCGGCCCCUCUCUUUAUGCUGGAUCUUUAUCAUGCAAUGUGCAGCGAGGAAGAAGAAGAUGGGACUCAAGGAGUGUCAAGGGCUCUGUUCACAUCCUUAAGCACACAAAGCCCCCCUUUGGGAGCAGUGAUUAGCGAGGCAGACACUGUCAUGAGCUUUGUCAAUAUGGUUGAAAACGACAGAGAUAUAUUCCAACAGAAACCAUACUGGAAGGAGUUUAAGUUUGACAUGACUCAAGUACCCACCGGAGAAUCAGUGGCUGCAGCAGAAUUUAGACUUUUCAAAACCCACAGCUUUUCUCGGCAUUUUAAUAGGACACUUCACAUUAGUGUCUACCAAAUCACAAGAGAACAUACCCACAGGUUGGAACCUGGGUUAACCCUUUUGGACCAAGAAGGUAUUUUGGCAGGAGAUGAAGGGUGGUUGGUUUUUGAUGUCACAGCUGCCAGUAAUCACUGGUUACGGAACUCCAAAUAUAAUUUAGGAAUCCGUCUGUAUGUAGAGACUGAUGAUGGUCAGAGCAUUGAUCCAAGCUCAGCUGGCAUCUUAGGGAGACGUGCACCUCGUUCCAAGCAACCAUUCAUGGUCACAUUUUUCCGAGCCGGUAGUAAUCAGAUCCGAUCUACACGGGCAGUCAAACAGCUCAAAAAAAGGCAACAGAAAAAACAUAGUGAUCUGCCCCACCCCAACAAGCUUCCUGGUAUGUUUGAUCACGUUCAUGUCAAUGAUGGAAGACAGGUGUGCAAAAGGCAUGAGUUGUACGUCAGCUUUCGGGACUUGGGAUGGCUGGACUGGGUAAUAGCGCCCCCAGGGUACUCUGCUUUUUACUGCGAAGGAGAAUGCUUAUUUCCACUUGACUCCUGUAUGAAUGCCACUAAUCAUGCCAUACUGCAGUCACUGGUUCAUCUUAUGAAGCCAGAAAGUGUACCCAAGGCUUGCUGUGCCCCCACCAAGCUGAGCGCAACUUCAGUCCUGUAUUAUGACAACAACAACAACGUGAUAUUAAAAAAGCAUCGCAACAUGGUGGUCAAGUCCUGCGGAUGCCAUUGACACGAACUAAAAGAAUGUGGAAGAUAUGAAUGCAGUUUAUAUAACAAAGAUUUCAAGAGCCAUUAUCAUAAGUAUUCUAACAAAACAGGCUGACGAAUUGUUAUAUUAUUUGAUAUGUAAAUUUUAAUUGGUACAAACUGUUCUAUGGUUUUGUUUUUUUAAUAAAAAAAAAAAGA